AACAUCUUCUUUGCAAGCAUAUCGCAAAAUAUGCAGCUAUCUUGUUGUGAAAUCAAUUCCUCUGAUAGCCAAAUUGUCCUUUGUUGGAAGGCGGUUCAGCAUGAGACGCCAAGCAAACACGCUAACUUUGGAGGGACAGCAUCGAAUCCAAAUAAGAUUGCAGGAAUUGCUGUCCAAGCACGGACUAGAGACUUCAAGAAAGGAAUAUGCCUUUUUUGUAGGGUAUCCAACAGUGCUGUACCGCCAUUUUAUUUGAUCAGGGAAGCCAUUGGGAAGCUGAACCUCUUCUGGUAUGUAUAUCUUCCAAGUGCUGCAAUUCAUCAAUUGCUCUACUUGACAACGGUCUUCGCCAUGCAAGCCACCAAAAACCAUUUGAAUCUCUAUUUGGUUUAACAUAUCUGCAACAGAGAUAUUUCUAGACAGAAAGAUCAUAUAGUCUGGGAAAUUCUUUUGUCAAGAGGCUGCACCCAAGUCAACAGUCAUGCCAGAAUUUAAUCCUAGAGUCAUCACCGAAUUUCCAUUUGAAUCCCUUGUUAAAGCAAAGAUGGUUUGCGCUACAAGCUUGACCUAUUGAUAAAAUAUCUCUCCAUACAGAGGAAAGGUUUGUCUUUGCAGUGCAAGAAAUUGAAGCUGGUUGUGACCUACCCAUGGUAUUUGCUCAAGAUAAUAUUUUUCCACAAAACUAUUAUUUUAUUCCCACAGGAAAGCUUGUCCCACCAUCUACCAAGCAGACGUAAAUUCUAAGAAGCAAAUUUGGAACACCUGGCCCACACUUAUUUUUCUCUAGGCAAACUCUCUUUGCGAAUUAACUCAAAAAAUUUUA